UACAUGAAAACGUGGCGUUGCUUUCGGCAGGACCGUGCCAUGGUCUGUGGACACACCUUGGCUGAGCCCUCUGAACCCCGCGCUGGCUGCUGCCACCCUUUGCGAUUCAGGAGAUCCUCGUUAACCUCCAUACGGGGGUGGGUGCAGGCGCAGGAGGCGGAGAGGCAGUACAAGAGUAACGGAGCAUCUUUAUUCAUUUACCCAUUAACGUCCUUUGUUAUUUCCAGAAACAUUAGGAGCUAUUUUCUGGAUCAGCUGCUGCUUCCUUUCUCCUCUGGCCAGCAGCUGCCCUCCAGGGCUGGGGCAGAGGCAGGAGUGCUGCAAACGCUUCGUUGUUGGUGAGGUGCUUCCCCUGAACCCUUUGCUCCUCUCCCUCUCUUCUUACCCCCGAGACGUAACCACAGCUGAGCCCAGGGCUGCCUCUCCCUCCCAGCUGAGGGCUCCUCGCUGGCAUCACCCCGAAUUUGAGCCUGAUUUUCCGUUUCCCUCCCCAGGAUCCUCAGGAUGAAGUCCUGAAGAUCCUCCCUGGGUGUGGGGGUCCUGUGCAUCUGCAAGGGUGGGCAGCAACAGCAAAGCUCUAACAAGGAGCAGGAUGAACCCCAAGGACACCUGAAAGCAGCAACUGGCGGAUUUUGGGGUGCUCAGGCUGGCUGAAACGAGGGGUUUCUCAGAUCUCAGCCAGAGCCAUGGAGCCAGAUGGGGACAGGGACAGGGCCAAUGUCACCGUCUACGAGCUCGCCCUGCAGAACCGCUCCAACACCAGCGCGCAGUUCACUGGGGUGCAGCUCAUCCAGUCCUUCAAGCCCCUCAUCAUCCCCUGCUACGCCCUGAUCGUCCUCGUCGGCAUCUUUGGCAACUACCUGCUCCUCUACGUCAUCUGCAAGAGCAAGAAGAUGCACAACGUCACCAACUUCUUCAUCGGGAACCUGGCUUUCUCCGACAUGCUGAUGUGUGCCACAUGCGUCCCCUUCACGCUGGCCUACGCCUUCAACCCGCAAGGCUGGGUUUUUGGGAAAUUUUUGUGCUACUUUGUCUUCCUGAUGCAGCCCAUGACGGUCUACGUCUCCGUCUUCACGCUCACGGCCAUCGCAGUUGACAGGUAUUACGCCACCGUGCACCCCCUGAAGAGGCGCAUCUCACUCACCAGCUGCAUCUCCGUGGUGGGGAGCAUCUGGCUGCUCUCCUGUGGGUUGGUGGCACCCGCCAUCGCCCACACCUACCACGUGGAGUUCCGACAGGAGGGCUUUGCCAUCUGUGAGGAGUUCUGGAUGGAGAAGGAGACGCAGCGCCUGGUCUACGCCUACGGCACCUUGAUCGUCACCUACAUCCUGCCUCUCUCUGCCGUUUCCCUCUCCUACAUCUGCAUCUCGGUGAAGCUGCGGAACCGCGUGGUGCCCGGCCACUCCACGCAGAGCCAAGCCGAGUUCGACCGCCUGAGGAAGAGGAAGAUCUUCCGCCUCAUCGUGCUGGUGGUGGCGGCCUUUGGGAUCUGCUGGCUCCCCAUCCACGUCUUCAACAUCAUCCGGGACAUCGACAUCAACCUCAUCAACAAGCACUACUUCCUUCUCAUCCAGCUGCUCUGCCACUGGUUUGCCAUGAGCUCCUCCUGCUGCAACCCCUUCCUCUAUGCCUGGCUGCACGACCGCUUCCGCGGGGAGCUCCGGAAGAUGUUCUCCUGCAAGAGGAGGAUCAUCCCUGCCAAGAGCUGUGGGACUGCCGGUGGAGUGCUCUGAGGUGGGCAUCCUCCUCCCUGCACCCUCCGUGGCCAUGCGCUUCAUCCCGCUCAUGGCGGAGCUGCCAGAGUCAGGGAUCCUCAUCUUGCCCAUGGAUCCAGAGGCAACUGGAGUCCUCCUGCCUGCCCGGAGUUUGCAGUGCUCACUGAAUCAUAGAAUCAUAGAACAGUUUGGGUUGGAAGGGACCUUAAGGAUCAUCUAGUUCCAACCCCCCUGCCAUGGGCAGGGACACCUCCCACUGGAUCAGGGGCUGCCCAAGGGUCAUCCAACCUGGCCUUGAACCCCUCCAGGGAUGGGACAGGAACAGCUUCCCGGGGCAACCUGUUCCAGUGUCUCACCACUCUCAUGGUGAAGAAAUUCCUCAUUAUAUCCAGUCUAAAUCUGCCCCUCUCCAGUUUAUCCCCAUUCCAUCUCGUCCUAUCCCCACAAGCCUUUAUGAACAGCCCCUCUCCAGCUUUCCUGUAGACCCUUCAGGUACUGGAAGGUCACUCUGAGGUCUCUUCAGAGCCUUCUCUUCUCCAGGGUGAACAACCCCAACUCUUUCAGCCUGUCCUCGGAUGGGAGGUGCUCCUCGGAUCAUCCUUGUAGCCUCCUCUGGACCCAUUCCAACAGCUCCAUCUCCUUCCUAUGUUGAGGAUUCCAGAACUCAAUGGGUCACCUCGAGGUGCUGUGGUCUGACAGGCGGCUGUAGCCGCAUGCUGGGGCUGCCGGGCUUCGGAGGGGUCGGUGAGGGGAGCAGAGCAUCAGGGAUCAGAGCAUCAUCAACAACAUUGUGGGAUGCAGGGAGGAUGCUCGU